CAAUGUCAUACAUUUUUAACCUAAUUUUGUACGUGCUUAAUUGACAACAUUGGGAUGCGCUUGGACUUCAAGUAAGUGGGCUACGCUCAGCUUCACCACCACAAAAUGGUGCGGAUGGAGCAAAAUUUUUGACUGGCUGUCGCAAUGCACCCCGCCUCUGACUUGGACCAAGCAAAGUCGCCUCAUCGUUUCGGUUACGUUGCGUGUGCAGACCAAUUCUUAUAUUAUAUUUAAUUACCGAUUGCCCAUGAUUGUAUGAACCGAGUGAAGGGUCGUCACGACCACAACAUCAUAAUGGAAACCGUAUGUACCAGCAGAUGUCGUACACCAAAGCCAUCUUUCAAUUUGCCCGUCCUAGUUGGCUAACCAUGAGAAGGAAUUUUAUGGAAGUCUGAAAAAGACGCUCUGCAAUGUACCAAUUACAGCCUUAGCCAUCUACAGAUCACCUUCUGGGGAGAGUCUCGUGCUUGCUGGCGAAGAUGGCGACUUGGUAAUUUACAGCUCUGCGUCUUCUCAGCUGAUACAGCGCAUACCUAUUUUUACGAGGCAAUCUAUACACGGGGUACAAGUCCAGCAAGUGUCAACUGAAGCGGCUAAAGUGCUCGUCUGGGGCUCAGCAUCCGUGGCUGUGUUCUCAACCGAGAAUUGCGAGGUCAGCAAGAGGCCGCCGGUGAUCCAUAUCACUGCGCCGGAUUGGAUCUUCGAUGGAGCAUUUUCGGAAAGCGAUUCAACCACAGCAGCACUGGUAACGGCACACAAUGAAAUUGUGACGCUAAAAGUCAACUGGGAUACUAAGACAGCCUCACUCGGCGAGGAUGUUGCUUCCCCCUCACGCCCCAUGCUGUACACAGCCAAUGUCAAAUGGAUUGCAGAAGAUGAAGUCCUAGUAGCUGCUGGUACAGUCUUUGGUGACGUCCUAGUAUGGAGCUGCAAGUGGAAUGGCGUUCCCAGCGACAGAAUGCUCUUCUCUCUCUCGGGGCACGAAGGGUCCAUCUUUGGCGUGGAAAUCUCGCCCAUUCUGACACUAACAGAUGGCAACAAAAUCCGCUUGCUUGCUAGCUGUAGCGACGAUAGAACAAUACGUAUCUGGGACAUCAGCGAAACCGGAGACGAGGCGAGGGCUGAGUCGCUACCGCCAAGCCAGACAACCGCGUCAUCAGACACAGGCUUCCGAUGCGCCCCAACCUACGAGGAUGGGAACCAAGACCAAGGAAGAGCGGACGUGAAACCGAUAGCGCUUGCUAUGGGGCAUGCCUCACGCAUCUGGGGUGUAAAGUUUGGUAUUGCGACAAAUAGCGUUCCCGAAUCUGGGCUGCUACCCAUAUACUCCUUUGGCGAAGAUGCAACAUGUCAGCGCUGGAGUCUGGAUAUUCGCUCUGCUUUAACCAAGCCCGGCCUGAAUUUAUCACAUGAAAAGACGUUUGAUUUGCAUAAUGGCAAACAUCUUUGGUCUCGAGCACUCCAACUGGAAAAUGAUAAGACUAUCAUUGUCACUGGCGGUGCAGAUAGCCGCAUUACAAUAAUUGAGGAUGUCGUGAGGUCACACCACGCAGCCGACGGGACAAAUGCAGACCUCAUCGAAAAUAAUUUAAUGGUAAUGGAAACUAAAGAUAUUCUACCUGGAGUCGUGGCAUCAGCUAGCAAACGGAAUGCCGAGGUUGUUGGACGGUACGACUUUUUAACGCCAAAUCAACUGCUCGCCAUUACCAACAUGGGGCGACUAUCUGUUGCCUCUAUACAAACAGGGCAGAUAACAUGGACAGAAAUUAUAACUUCGGACGAAAUUACAGCAAAUCUGAAGAAUUGCUACGUGCUUCGAGCCACCGGCAACGGAACAGCUAUUCUUGGAGCCACAACAGGCGAUCUCUAUCUAUUUACCGACUCACAGCAGAUUAUGCACAUUAUGAAGCUUGGUGGACGAAUAGUAGAGAUGAAUAUUGUGGACGAUAAGACUGCUGAAGGCGUUAUCGAGUUUGUAGCCCAUUUGUUUGGUAGUUCUGGCUCUCACGUCGUCACAGUGGAUAGAAACACAGGCACGGCAGUCAGCCACGAGAAGCUACAAGGUCUAGACGAGCGCUUUGUAGCCGUUUCGGCGUCUAGAAUUGGCGACUUUCUUGCACUAGGCUCACGCCAUGGCUGGUUAACCAUUUUGAGACAGACUGCUUCUGGUUUCCAACGCGCCCUGACCAUGGCCACACGCAGUCGCGAUGCCAUUACCGCGAUAGUUGCUCUACCUAGCAGUAGCUAUACGGCAUCUAAAACGCUGUAUUUGCUUGCAACUACCAGAGAUGGAAUGUAUAGAAUAUAUAAUGUACAAGACAAAGGAGAUACACUUGAGCUGGAGCUGGUUCACGAAACAUCGCCACCAUUCGGCCCUAUGAUUGAGGGCGCCUGGUUUACAGAGGGAGACUCUCCUGAGCUGAUGCUUUACGGGUUCCGAAGCAAAGAUUUUAUCGUAUGGAACGAAUCGAGAAGAGAAGAGGUAGUCAGCAUGGAUUGCGGAGGUGCACACCGCACGUUCCGACUUACACACACCAACGGGAGGUAUCGCUUUGCGUUUACACGCACGUCCAAACUAUGCAUUCACUCACAGGAUGGAGUGCCACAGAAACCGCUGAAGCUGGGUAUUCACGGGCGAGAGAUUCGAGCCAUCAGCUCCAAUGGCCAGUGCAUUGCUACUGGUGCUGAAGACACUUCGAUUCGCCUAUGGGGAUAUAGCCGCGAGCAAGGCAGCCUGAAGCACCUGGCGUGCAUGAAGUUACAUAUCACAGGCAUCCAGCGCAUCAACUGGCUCGGAGACGAAUAUCUGUUUACAAGUGCUGGCAAUGAGGAGUUCUUUGCCUGGCGAGUGCGACAGAUGGACUCGGCUUACACGGGCAUCGCCGUCAUGUGUGAAGGUGUCUUUGACGACAAAAGCCCUAUUGGGGACUUACGUAUUAUGGACUUUGAUGUUUCGUGGAUAGAUCCAGAAGCAAGGCAACAGGGUGCCAUCAUUACAAUGGCGUUUUCAAACUCCAAGCUCAAGUCCUAUCUAUACACUGUAGACUUGGAGACCGGGAGAGGCAGCUUUUCACUACUAGGCGAGGCAGCGUACACCGGAGCCUGUUUAACACAAGUUCGCCAUGUUGGCACCCAGAAUGGAGGCAGAGCCAUCUUGACAGCUUCGACAGACGGUCAUUUGUGUUUCUGGCGCAGCACUGCUACUAACGGAACACCGUUUGAGCUACAGUGGUCUAUAAAGAUUCACCAGAACAGCAUCAAGAGUUUAGACUUGUGUCUACUCAAUGAUGUUACCUAUGGAGUGCUUACAGGCGGCGACGAUAAUGCACUCGCAUACACCCUGUUAGACGUGUCUGACAUGUCAUCACUGACUGUCAGAGCAGGCUAUCCAAGGAUGACGCGCUCAGCUCACGCAGCAGCCAUCAAUGGUGCUGUGCUAGUCAAGAACGAGGCUUCGGGCACAGUGCUUGCCGUGAGCGCCAGCAACGACCAGCAACUCAAGACCUGGUCUGUCGGUGAAGAGCACGAUACAAGGCUGCGACUAUUGUCUGAGCGGUAUAGUGGCGUAGCGGAUGCGGGGGACUUUACUGUGCUCGAAGACGGCCGAGGGGAGGUUGUGGUUGGUGGUGUUGGGCUGGAGGUGUGGAGGGUUGGGGGAUGUGGUGGAAAUUAGAUGACUGCAGCCACAGCGUGCGCAGGCUCGAUCUUGCAGAAGCAGCCCAUUAAAUGCAGAACCAAUAUUUCGGGCGUCUUUGGCCUGAGAAUCCCCACGAAGCUAAUCGCUGUGUCCUUUCUCGUGACCGACGCUGUGCAAAGUAGAAUCUGGCAACUCUGGCCUUGUAGAAUUUCCUGUGCUUGGCAAACGUCACUAAAGUGGCAGCCGUUGGAAAUUAAACAGCGUACCAUCGCGAUGACGGGACUGUCAAAUGCCGAUACGCUGUGACCCUAGGCGCACUCCAAGCUUUUCAAAGUGACCUUUCAUGGCACUACUUUUGGCAAUUGGGCCCGCCAUGGGAACCCCCAUGUCGCCAGAAUUGUCA